AUGUCGUCAACACUGCGGCUCGUUCCUCGAGCAACAAGCCGAGAAUUACGCUCGCGCUCUCAAGUUCCCUUCCUUACUCAAGCUAGUCGGACAUUCUCAGCACUCCCAAGAUUACACACACCCGGUCCUCCAGCUCCACCAGACGCUAAAUCAGCAGCACUGUACAAUGGAAACACACCAUCGUACUUCGAGACCACGAAACGCUUGCCAGAGUUUAACCUCGUCGAUAAAGUGGUUCUUGUCUCUGGAGCAGCGAGGGGGCUAGGACUCGUGCAGGCUGAGGCGCUGUUAGAAGCUGGUGCAACUGUCUACGCACUCGACCGCCUCGAAACCCCCUCCCCGGACUUCUCCCGCAUUAAAAAGCGUGCAGAAACGGAACUCGGCACCUCGCUCUCCUACCGCCGGAUCGACGUCCGCGACGUCGACCAACUAAAUGCCAUCGUGACCGAAAUAGCAGACAAGCACGGUCGCAUGGACGGUCUCAUCGCCGCGGCGGGUAUCCAGCAGGAGACGCCAGCCCUAGAGUACAGCGCGAAGGAUUCGGAUUACAUGAUGAGCAUUAAUGUGACGGGGGUUUUUAUGACCGCGCAGGCGGUUGCGAGGCAGAUGGUUAGGUUUGGGGAUGGGGGGAGUGUGGUGUUGAUUGCGAGUAUGAGCGGGACCGUUGCUAAUCGUGGACUCAUCUGCCCCGCCUACAACGCCUCAAAAGCUGCAGUAAUCCAACUCGGCCGCAAUUUGGCAAGUGAGUGGGGCCAAUACGGCAUCAGAGUAAACACCAUCUCCCCUGGCUAUAUUGUGACGGCCAUGGUGGAAGCGCUGUUUGAAAAGUUCCCGGAGCGGAGAGAGGAGUGGCCGAAGCAGAAUAUGCUGGGGAGAUUGUCGCGGCCUGAGGAGUAUAGAGGCGCGGCGGCGUUCCUUAUCAGUGAUGCGAGUAGUUUUAUGACUGGCUCGGAUUUGAGAAUUGAUGGUGGGCAUGCUGCUUGGUAG